AUGUUCACGAAGCAGAAUCUUCUUUGGGCAAGGAGCUGGACAUCGAGGCAAAGUGCACACAUGAUCAUGAAUGCAUCCAAAUUGGACACUUCAAUGAAACUACUGUGCACUGCGUGGAAGGAAAAUGUGAAAUUAAGUCUGUCAACGGAACAGAUUACGGACAAUUAGAACAGGAAACAAAAAAAGACAAGCGAAGUGCUUCAGAGAAGAGCAUGAGAAUCGGCUUUAUGUACUCUGAAAUUAUCAGUGGUAUGGGAGUUGUGCUCGGACAGUUCUUCAAGGAGCCUGCGACCAUCAACUAUCCCUUCGAGAAAGGACCUCUUAGUCCACGGUUCCGUGGUGAACAUGCUCUGAGACGAUACCCGUCCGGUGAAGAACGAUGUAUUGCCUGUAAGCUGUGCGAAGCCAUCUGUCCAGCACAGGCCAUCACCAUUGAAGCGGAGGAGCGUGCUGAUGGAAGUCGACGAACUACCCGUUACGAUAUUGACAUGACCAAGUGCAUUUACUGUGGCUUUUGCCAAGAGGCCUGUCCUGUCGAUGCCAUCGUCGAAGGGCCUAACUUUGAAUAUUCCACCGAAACUCACGAAGAGUUGCUGUACAACAAGGAGAAACUACUUGAAAAUGGUGAUAAGUGGGAAAUAGAAAUUGCGGCUAACCUCGAAGCGGAUCAUCUUUAUCGGUAG